AUGUCCCUAGUUCCAUGCGCCCUGUACCCCAAACAAUACCCUACCAGCCCCAGCUUUCGGGUGAGCUUGAAGAUAGUAGGUGCUAGUCCAGGGCCUGCCAACGGAGACCUGGCUAACACUGCAUGGGAUAUGAAGACAAACGACCCCAUAACCCACAGAGUCAACCUCGCCGAUUACAAAAGGGAAGCUCGAGAACUGUUUGAGUCUUUCAUGCGUUCCGCAGACGUGAAUCUUCUGAAAACUCAUCUUAGCGAUAAGUUUGAUCCGAAUUCUGCAGAGCACUGUGUUGAAAACCUCGUACGGUUGUUCUUGGAGGUGGCAACACUGGUGCCAUUGAGUUACAUCAGCUUUUACGAGCCUAGAACCGCUGACACUAUCGGAUCUGCUGUCGUCAAUGAAGAUGAGAAAGCUGCCAUCGACAUUGACAUUCCUGAUGACGAGAACAGUGAUGAAGAACAUGAAGUACCUUCCGGUUUCCUCCUAGGCGGCCAUGGAAAUACCGACUCAUCAGAAGAGAUUUCGAGAAACGGACAUGUCUAUCAUUUCAAGAGUGGAAACUCCCAGUACUAUACCUAA